AUGUCGGCCAGCGCCGUGUACGUGCUGGACCUGAAGGGAAAGGUACUGAUCUGCCGGAACUACCGCGGAGAUGUGGACAUGUCAGAGAUCGAGCACUUCAUGCCCAUCCUGAUGGACAAAGAAGAGGAGGGCAAUCUGUCUCCCAUUCUGGGCCAUGGAGGAGUUCGCUUCAUGUGGAUCAAACACAACAACCUGUACCUUGUAGCAACAUCUAAGAAGAAUGCCUGUGUCUCCCUGGUUUUCUCUUUCCUCUAUAAAAUCAUCCAGGUCUUCUCAGAGUAUUUCAAAGAGCUGGAGGAGGAAAGCAUCAGGGACAACUUUGUCAUUAUCUACGAGCUGCUGGAUGAGUUGAUGGACUUUGGUUACCCUCAGACCACAGACAGCAAGAUUCUGCAGGAAUACAUCACUCAAGAGGGCCACAAGCUGGACACUGGUGCCCCUCGCCCUCCUGCCACGGUCACCAAUGCUGUGUCCUGGAGGUCAGAGGGCAUCAAGUACAGGAAAAAUGAAGUUUUCCUAGAUGUCAUAGAGUCAGUUAACCUGCUGGUGAGUGCCAAUGGUAAUGUGCUGCGCAGUGAGAUCGUGGGAUCCAUCAAGAUGAGAGUGUUCCUAUCUGGCAUGCCGGAGCUGAGGCUGGGCCUCAACGACAAAGUCCUCUUUGAGAACACUGGCCGAGGAAAGAGUAAGUCAGUGGAACUGGAGGAUGUGAAGUUCCACCAGUGUGUCCGACUGUCGCGCUUUGAAAAUGACCGCACCAUCUCCUUUAUUCCACCUGACGGAGAGUUUGAGCUCAUGUCCUAUCGUCUCAACACACACGUCAAACCACUAAUAUGGAUUGAAUCGGUCAUUGAAAAACAUUCACACAGCAGAAUUGAGUACAUGAUCAAGGCCAAAAGCCAGUUCAAGAGGAGGUCUACAGCUAACAAUGUAGAGAUCCACAUCCCAGUCCCCACUGAUGCUGACUCGCCUAAAUUUAAGACUACAGUGGGCAGUGUCAAGUGGAUCCCAGAGAACAGUGAGAUAGUGUGGUCCAUCAAGUCCUUCCCUGGUGGUAAAGAAUAUCUCAUGAGGGCCCACUUUGGCCUGCCCAGUGUGGAAGCAGAGGAUAAAGAAGGCAAGCCUCCGAUUAGCGUCAAGUUUGAGAUUCCCUACUUCACCACCUCUGGCAUCCAGGUACGCUACCUGAAGAUUAUUGAGAAGAGUGGUUACCAGGCCUUGCCUUGGGUCAGAUAUAUUACUCAGAAUGGAGACUACCAGCUGAGGACGCAGUAGUGACACUGGACAGCCUGGACAAAGACAUUGUCAGCUGAAAGAAACAUAAACAUUCAUGAAUGAAGCGGAUCAACAGUCAGUCCCUCCAGGAAAUUUCGCAGUCUUGUAGUCUCAAGACUUAAUUCAACCUGCAGUAUUUGAAGGAGGCUGCAACUCUGACAAAACCUCACAAUACAGUAUUUGUUCAAAUAGCGACCAAACCUUAAGUAUAAUUCCCAAGUUUUAAUCAUCACUC